CGCAGGACGCGCUGCGCAGAAUCUUUCCUUUCUUCUCCCCCCCCUCCUGGCGAGGGCUCUCCGUAGCUAAAAGAAGAGGCCAUUCCGAAUAUACGACCAUUUGAUCUAACUCGUCUGAGUUCCGAAUUGCUUGUCCGAUCACUCUCUCUCUCUCUCGUACUGUCACAGCCCUAUUCGAGCUAAUCUCACCAAGAUUUCGAGUCUCCUGCCUCAUCGUUGCAUCUGGUCGCUCCCUUCUCGGGUGAACAGACAAGAUGAAGUACGUCCUCGUUUCCGGAGGUGUCAUCUCUGGUGUUGGCAAGGGCAUCAUUGCCUCCAGCACCGGCCUGCUCCUCAAGACCAGUGGUCUCAAGGUUACGAGCAUCAAGAUUGACCCCUACAUGAACAUUGAUGCCGGCACAAUGUCUCCGAUAGAACACGGUGAAUGCUACGUCCUGGAUGACGGCGGCGAAUGCGAUCUAGAUCUCGGCAACUACGAGCGUUACCUUCACAUCACUCUUCGACGAGACAACAACAUCACCACGGGCAAGAUCUAUCAGCAGGUCAUUGCCGCCGAGCGCAGAGGCGACUACCUGGGCAAGACCGUGCAGGUCGUGCCACACGUGACGGGUGCCAUUGAGGACUGGAUCCAGCGCGUCGCCAAGGUUCCCGUGGACGACUCUGGUGAUGAGCCGGAUGUUUGUGUCAUUGAGCUUGGUGGCACUGUCGGUGACAUCGAGAGCGCGCCUUUCAUUCACGCCAUGACCCAGCUCCAGCGCAAUGUUGGCAAGAGCAACUUUUUCCAGAUCCACGUCUCUUAUGUCCCCGUCAUCCCCCCUGGAGCCUCUGGAGAGCAAAAGACGAAGCCUACGCAGAGAGCCGUGGGUGAUGUCAGAAGUGCUGGCCUCAACCCUGACCUGAUUGCCUGCCGAUGCGAGAGACCACUCGAAGAGCCGAUCAUUAAGAAGAUUGCCAACAUGUGCCAAGUCGAACACGAGCAAGUGUUCGCCGUCCACGACGUCUCCACGACAUAUCGCGUUCCCCUCCUCCUCGAGAAGCAGAACCUCCUGCCCAUUCUUAGAAAGAAGCUGCAACUCGACGCAAUCAAGAUUCCCCCUUCCCUCGUCGAGCAGGGCAAAUCGAUGUGGAAGGAAUGGAUCGGCCUGGCGACAGGUCAAGAUCACGUCUUUGAGACAGUCACCAUCGCCCUCGUUGGCAAAUACAUUUCUCUGCACGACUCGUACAUGUCGGUCACAAAGGCUCUCGAGCAUGCCGCCAUGCACUGCAAGAAGAAGCUCAACCUCGUCUGGGUGGAUGCCGAGCAUCUCGAAGACAAUGGGGCCAAGCCCGCCGACUUCCACAAGGCGUGGCACUCCGUCUGCACCGCUGACGGUAUCCUGGUGCCCGGAGGUUUUGGCGACCGGGGCACUGAAGGCAUGAUCAAGGCUGCCAACUGGGCGAGAACCAACAAGACACCAUACCUCGGUGUUUGCCUUGGCAUGCAGGUUGCCGUGAUCGAGUACGCGCGGAAUGUCUGCGGCAUCAAGGACGCUGGCAGCUCCGAGUUUGAUGACCCGAAGAAGGACAAGAUCUGCCCAAACCCGGUCAUCAUCAACAUGCCUGAGAUUUCCAACGAGGUUCUCGGCGGCACCAUGCGCCUUGGCAAGCGUGCGACCUCUUUCCAGCAGGGCACCGAGUGGUCUAAGUUCCGUGCAUUAUACGGCUCUGCACCGGAGAUUUGGGAGCGACACCGCCACAGAUACGAGGUCAAGCCCGAGGUCAUCUCCACCCUGGAGCAGGCUGAAGGCGGCCUGACCUUCGUCGGCAAGGGUGAUGGCGACAAGCGCAUGGAGAUCAUCGAGAUCAAGGACCACCCUUGGUUCGUGGGAGUGCAAUUCCACCCGGAAUACAUCAGCCGAGUUUUGGCCCCCAGCAAGUCGUAUCUUGGAUUCUUUGCCGCGGCAGCGGGCUGCCUCGAGGAGAUCACCAAGGAGUUCAGCGGUCGGUUUGACCUGAGCCAUCUUCGUGUUGCACUCCCGGAGAAGGGCGUUACCAACGGCACACUCUAGAGCAGAAUGUGUAGGAUGUUGGUUCGGGUGGUAGAGCGGUGUACCUUGCGAGGCUGCAGAUCAAAGGCUAAAGCAGCCAGCAAAGUCUGUAUAGAACUUCUCAUUACUCAUUAGAUUCAUCAUGUUUAUGAAUAAUGCUCGAUUGACCGCAAGGGUUUCCUUCGCUUGUUGAGAACAGCGGUGCUGCACGUGACCCUUCCUCGUGCGUGUGCCGUCGUGAAGGAUCGAAGGUUUGGAGCUGCCCAAUCUAGAAUACAACUUGUCCGCAG